AUGCGCGCUUCAUGGGCCACCCUAUUAGGGCUCCUCGCCGGGAACCUCGGCGGUGUCCUAUCCCAGAGUCCCGGGGACCCUCCAGCAUGGCAAACGGGCGUCCUCACCGACGAUGGCAGCUGUGGCCCUAACUCAUUAGAGGACUACGUUUGCACGCCUACCUGGGGAGCCUGCUGUGGUGCCGAUGGACGCUGCGGAUUUAAAGACGCCUGUGGAGAUGGCUGGGCUACGGCAACUGCAAUAUCCCUUGGACUGGCGUCCCUUCCCCCGACGGCUCUUGUGGCUAUCCCAACUUGUACAACUGCACCAACUCAGGCUUUGGUUCCUGCUGCUCAUCUACCAACUGGUGCGGAGACUCGCCUGGACACUGCGGUGCCGGCUGCCAAUCUCUUUUCGGCAUCUGCACCGAGUCCAACGUCAGUACUGACGGCUCGUGUGGCCCUGCAAACGGUGACAAGACUUGUGCUGGGUCCGGCUUUGGCGACUGCUGCUCGUCAGGAGGCUGGUGCGGCAACACCACUGAUCACUGCGCGGCCGGUUGCCAGUCUGGCUUUGGCACUUGUGAUGCUGGGACAGGAAAUAUUUCCACCGAUGGUCAAUGCGGUGCCAAUGGCAAGACCUGCGCUGGUUCUGGCUUUGGAGACUGCUGCUCGGCAGGAGGAUGGUGUGGCGGUGCCAGUGAUCACUGUGGUGCAGGUUGUCAGUCUGGUUUUGGCACAUGCACCGGCGGGAGCGGUUCCAUCUCGACUGACGGGGAGUGUGGGACAAGGAAUGGCAAAACUUGUACGGGCUCUGGCUUUGGAAACUGCUGCUCUCAGAAUGGCUUCUGUGGUAGCACGACGGAUCACUGUAGCGCUGGUUGUCAGAGCGGGUUCGGGACCUGCAGCGGUGGAAGUGGUUCCAUCUCGACCGAUGGUACAUGCGGCUAUGUGA